GCGCCGCCCGCCGCCAUGCGGUUCCGGUUCGGGGUGGUGGUGCCGCCCGCGGUGGCCGGGCCGGGCCCGGAGCUGCUGGUGGUGGGCUCGCGGCCCGAGCUGGGGGGCUGGGAGCCGAGCGGCGCCGUGCGCCUGAGGCCGGCGGGCACGGCGGCGGGCGCCGGGGCGCUGGCGCUGCAGGAGCCGGGCCUGUGGCUCGGGGAGGUGGAGCUGGCGCCCGAGGAGGCGGUGCUGGACGGGGUGGAGCCGGGCCGCGUGGACACGUUCUGGUACAAGUUCCUGAAGCGGGAGCCGGGAGGAGAGCUCUCCUGGGAAGGCAAUGGACCUCACCACGACCGUUGCUGUACUUAUAAUGAAAACAACUUGGUGGAUGGUGUUUAUUGUCUCCCAAUUGGACACUGGAUUGAGGCCACUGGGCACACCAAUGAGAUGAAGCAUACAACAGACUUCUAUUUUAAUAUUGCAGGCCACCAAGCCAUGCAUUAUUCAAGAAUUCUACCAAAUAUCUGGCUGGGUAGCUGCCCUCGUCAAGUGGAGCAUGUAACCAUCAAACUGAAGCAUGAAUUGGGGAUUACAGCUGUAAUGAAUUUCCAGACCGAAUGGGAUAUUGUACAGAAUUCCUCAGGCUGUAACCGCUACGCAGAGCCCAUGACUCCAGAUACCAUGAUUAAGCUGUAUAAGGAAGAAGGCUUGGUCUACAUCUGGAUGCCGACCCCAGAUAUGAGCACUGAAGGCCGAGUACAGAUGCUGCCACAGGCGGUGUGUCUCCUCCACGCACUGCUCGAGAAUGGACACAUCGUAUACGUGCACUGCAACGCCGGGGUCGGCAGAUCCACCGCGGCCGUGUGCGGCUGGCUCCAGUACGUGAUGGGCUGGAAUCUGAGGAAGGUGCAGUACUUCCUCAUGGCCAAAAGGCCGGCUGUGUACAUUGAUGAAGAAGCAUUGGUCCGGGCAGAAGAUGAUUUUUUUCAGAAAUUUGGGAAGGUUCGUUCUUCCAUAUAUAGUGUGUAGAUGGCCCAUCUGCCUCCCCACCCUCCCAAUGUCCUUAGGAACCUGGUUUCCUAAAGUGACAUUGCUGGAAUGACCUAGAAACAACGAUUCCACCAGAACUGAAAAGACUGGUCCCUUGGCUUUUCCCACAGCCCGCCUCCUUACAUCUGGGGCUGCCCUUCUAUUAUGCUUUGGUUGGACUGUAUUUUCUUAGAAAUAUUUUACAAUGGAAGCUGUGACUGACACAUGAGAAAAAGCCACAGGCAAAUGGGCCGUGCAGUGUUCUAGCAUCAGACAGAGAAGUAAUGCGUGAAGUCCCUGCUGCCUGCCCCAGACCAGCCCUUUGCUUUACAGAUGCUGGAUUUGUUGUGUGAAUUAACGACCACACCUUCUUGCUGCAUUGUAAUGUGACAGGCAGGGCUAUAGAUUUGAUCACUUGUGUGUUGAUACACACACACACACACACACACACACACGUGCAUUGCUUUCCUGCUCAACUGAAUUGAAAUGAUAAAAUGAGAGCUGGUCAGUUGCCGGAGAAGGGAAUAAGGGGAGAGGCCUGGACUAUGACAGAGGAAGAGCUUACGUGACUGAAAAGUGAUGGCUUUUUAGACUUCGUGUUGGCAUCCUGCUUCACAGUUGUGCAAGUUGGUUCCACGGAAUCACCUUUCUUCUCUACCCACAACCCUGUGUGACAACAGCAGUAGAGUUAGUGUCUCUCGGCCUAUUGUAAUUGAGGCUCGAGGAGCGCUGACAGCUUGGCCAAGGUCUCAUGGCUAGUCAGGGGCCAGCUGGUGUUUAAAACCCAUGUUUAGGUGACUCAGUGCUUACAACACAGCUUGUCACUUUGGCACAAUGUAAUGGAUUCUGUUUCUCUCAGAAUAAGGUCAGUUUUUCUGCAGCAGUUUCUACUGUGAGAAAUGGAACAUCAUUCUGAUUAGGUGCCAAAGAAUUUGGGAAAGUGGUUAUGUUUUGGGCAGCCUAAUUUAAAACAUGGUGGACUGUCUCCACACCCAAGUGGCCGAAGCCAUAGCUUACUAGAGGAGCUGUCCUAUUAAAAGAGCCCAGAUCCACGAAUAAUUGAAUAAUUGUUGCACAGCUUAGGAGUGGUCCUGUUUCAGCCCUCAGUUUAAAACAAUACAUAGUUACUGUGCCACCAGGUAGUGUGGCUCUCUACCCUAGGUUCAAGAGGAAAUACAAAGAAUAACACGACUUUGCCUUCAAAAAGCUCACAGCACAGAAACAGCCCUGUGUUCAGUCAACCAUACUGCAGGAUUGAACCAUGAAUGAUAUGCCAUAACAGGGGAAGGAGAAGUGACUUUGAUUGGGUGUCUCGUAUGUGCCAAGCGCUUUGCAGUUCUAAUUUAAGCUUUGCAGUACCCUAUGUGGGUGGGUACUUACCCCCCAUACCUCCCAUAUACAGAAGUGGAAGCAAAGGCUCAGAUAGUUAAAUCAACUGCCCAGCAGCACACGGUGAAUAAAUGGAUGAAAUGAAAUACAAAGCUCGGUUUGUCUGAUUCAGAGCCUAUUCUUUUUCUAUUAAACUACAGUGCUUGCUUAUCUUUCUGCUGCUUGUUUUCUUCCAUAAUUAUUUCUUGAUAGAUAUGGGAGACUGUGAAUUAGAAGGUAUGGGGGACACAUGGAGAAGUUCCCCCUAGAGUUCAGAGGAGGGAGGAUGUCCUCACUGUGGGACUCGCAGGAUGACUUGUAAUUUGUCAGAGAAGGCAGACAGCUCACAUUUCUCCUGCAAGUGUACAAAGUUAAAUUUAUAAGCCAGGAUUGAGUAUGAUGAAAUCUAGCUCCCUUGCUAAAAAUAACUAGAGAUAGCCAUUGUAUCCAAGUGACCCAUUUGUGGUAAUAAUGUGUUGUGUAAAACUUAAUCUUAAAAAUGGAGUAUUUGUAACUAAUUUUGUGUGUGUGUGUGUAUGUGUGUAUAUGUGUGUGAGAAUUUCUUUAAUGCCUAAGAAGUUUGGCUAUGUAACCCCUAGUAUAGAAAGACUCCUAUGGAUGGAUUUUCUCCUUUUUCUUCUGAUAGGCAAAAUCAGUUUAGGGCUAUUCAAGAAUGUUUUAGAAUAACCUCCCUUGUCCUCAAUAAAUGGAUGUUUGAUGUAUUUCAAAAUCACCUGGAAUUUUCUUAAAUAAAAGUAUUAAAAAUGA